AUGGCAAUGGCAAUUGUAAAUAUGCAGGAAUUUACACUUGUAGCUAGAAAUAGUAAGCUGGCUACAUCAAAUAAUUUAUUACAGACAACAAAUCUCAAUUUGUGGUCUGGUAAAACCAAAACAUCGUUUCCCCCAAGAAAAGGUGGCACCCCAGCAGGAAACCUUGUCCCCCUAAUAUUAGCGCUUUCGGCAUUAGAUGAUGGGCUUCAGGCUGCAGACUCACGAUGA